AUGUCUUUGUUCGACGACCUCCCACUAGAGCUCCUACAUGUUAUAUGCACAUUUUGCUCAAAGUCCGAAAUCAGAUCUCUUCGCCUCACAUCCAAACUUCUGGCCACUAUUGCAGAUGAGCAUUUCCUCCACGAAGUUGUUUUGUUCUUCGCCAGGGAAGACUUUGAAACGGCCGAAAGCAUCAUCGAUAACUCUCGCAUCGCUAAGAAUGUCAAGCGCCUUACCUUCCAGAGCGAUCGAGUGCCUUGGCUCGGUCCGGACUUUGGUCUUUGGAACGAAUUUCGGAAACAAUCAGUCCGGUCCACGACUACUAUUGAGGGACCAGAGCCUCCAGACACCACUUUUGUCCCAGACGAAACAGACCGUGAGCGGCGGUUUCGUUUAAGACAGCCCAAUCGAUCCCUCGUGCUCGAGGAGAACAAGCACAGCCGCAAGGAACUUAGAGCUGCAUACGAUCAUUACAAUCUACUUUCGGAAGACCAGAACGAAAUGAUGCUUGAGCAUCGUGCAGAAGAAUGUAUCGAAUACAUGUUCCAAAAAUGCAGCAAGCUUGACACCGUCAUUGUGGCCAUGAACGACCACCACCCAGCCUGGCGCAGUGUGGAAGCCUUCCGAAAGGGGAUGAUACAUCCCUGUGGCGACAAUGCUACAAGCAGACUUGGUGUGAGAUCGCUAAAUGAGGUUUUGAUGGCUGCUCAGGCUACUGGUCGGAAGCCAUCCUCCUUACAUGUGUAUCCGAUCUCGUUCCAAUUCUUCGGUCAGACUGAGGAGCACAUGGAGCACAUCUACAAGGCCAUCUCAGGUCUCAAGACCAUUGAUCUGAAAAUCAACACUAAGAUCGCAUUCGACCGCGAGCUGGAUAUUGACAUCGACGACGAUGAUGACGAUGAGACUAUAGCUGCCAAAGUCGAGCAAUUCGAAAGGCAAGCGGAGCGGGAAAGCUAUUGGGAUGCCUCUACACGGGUAACUGAAUCGUUUCGAGACGGACGUCUUGCGCGCUUUUUGUCCAAGGCUCCUCUCCUGGAACAUAUCGCAGUAGCCGGUAUCCGGACCUACUUGCCUGACUUGAUGAUAGAUCUAAAGGACAUCAUUCCCUCUCCCCAAUGGCCUGCGAUUAGAGUUCUGGACUUGCAGUGCUUCCAGUGCCCUGAGCAAGAUUUGCUUGAUUUGGUGCUGAAGUAUCGAGACAGCUUACAGGAACUCCGUCUAGGGCAAGUCCUCCUUACCAAGGGCGAUCCCAAUAGCUUCUUUCAGGCGCUUGCUGGUCAAUGUCCGAAUCUCAAAUCUGUGGGCCUCUCGGGAAUGUUCAUGUCAAGGGACAUUGACUACAACUUCGAGUAUUGGCGUACGACUUUCACGGCUGCCAUGGAGAAGUAUCUGAUCUGUGGCGGAGAGCUACCUCGUCUAAGCACUUACACAUCGGUCUCACUAGAUCUUCUCACGUAA